ACUUUGUAGGAAAAUAUGCAAUGAAUUAUCCCUCGGCUCAAGUUUUAGGGGGUUUUGUGGGUACUAGGAAAAUUCUCAGUCUUCCCUAGAAAUUUCUCCGCACUUGUAACUCGCCUUUAUUCGCUUAUACCUUGCCGUUUGAUGCUUCCCGCCUAUUCUAAAGGUAUGGAGAUAGAAUGGCCACAAAUAGGCGAAUUCACGAACGGAAUGUGGCCGACAGACUGGACGUCUGCCUCGCUGGUGUAAAGUAUUGCGAAAACGCCGACAGGGACCUAAAGCUGCUGCUUUUAGAGGCACAUGACGGAUUAAACAAGGCCAAGGAAGCUUGUACAGCCAAAGAACAUGAAGCUGGAAAAUUGUCUGCGAAAUAUAAUACUUCAAAACUCUCGAAAUUGACUCAAAUCGCAAAGGAAAUUGUGGAAAAUAAUUCAAAUAUCGCAAAUAAAUAUAAACAAGAGGAAAUCAAGGCAGCUAUUGAUAUAUUUGUACCAUAUGUACAAGCCAUAAAACUGGUGGAACAAAUGGAAAAAAAUUAUAAUCUUGUCUAUGAAAGGAUUCUCAUAAACGAGGAAAUAUACAGACUCUACAAGGAAGAUGAGUCCAAGCUUGAAUCUGAACUGAAUUGAGGGAAAUCAAGAUUUAAUUAUU